AUUGCAAUUAUCUUUUUUUAAUUUUAUUUUUUCAGCAUCUGCAUGUUAUGGGUACCAAGACAAAGGGAAAAUGAUAGCGGCGGCAAGUGAUGCCAUAGGGGGAAAGAAGGCGUGUGGAAGAAAGUACAAGGUGACGUGUACAGGUCCGACAAAUAAGGGUGUGCCACAUCCUUGCACUGGUAAGAGCGUAGUAGUAACCGUUGUUGAUUACUGUCCACCUGGCUGUCGUGCAACCAUCGAUCUCUCUCAAGAUGCUUUCGCCAUUGUUGCUGACCGCAAUGCUGGCAAAAUCAAUAUCAAAUAUACUCAGGUCUGAAGCUAUACUAUAUACGAAAGAUUUGGAAGGGACAAGCUUAUAUUAUAAUGUAGAAAUAACACAAGCAUGUCAUGGAAUUUGUAUAUUCCAUGAGUUAGCUUGUAACCAUGUAAUGCAUCUGUAUCAGUGGAAUAAAUGAAAAUCCUUUCGA